AAUAAUACAUUUUUUGACACAAACAACGUAAAUAUCCUCGACUCUGAAAAAUCCAGCUCACUUUAAACAUUCAUUUUCAUCUCUUCUCAGCUUUAUUAUUUAUUAAUUAAACUCUAUCUUCCCCCAAAAAAGUCUAUUCAGAAUACUAAUCGGCGAUGAUGCCGCCGGCAACAUCAACGGAGGCUCCGUUACUCUCUAACGCCAUCACCGGCCACCGCUUUACUCGCCGCGCUCCUAGUCUUAACACCGCCGCUCGCUUUCUCCGUCGCGCCAGCAGUCGCCGCCUCAUGCGCGAGCCGUCGAUGCGCGUCCGCGAAUCCGCCACCGAGCAGAUCGAAGAGCGCCAGAACGAUUGGGCCUACUCCAAGCCAGUCGUAAUCCUCGAUCUCAUUUGGAACUUAGCGUUCGUCGCAGUCUCGACUUGCGUCAUGUUUAUGAGCUGGAACGAGGCGCCCGAGGUGCCGUUGAGGCUGUGGAUUGUCGGUUAUGCGAUACAGUGUGUGAUACAUAUGAUUUGUGUGUGUUUGGAGUACAAGAGGCGGUGUGAUCAUGUUAGGGUUUCGGAAGGGGACAGUUUGAUUUCCGACGCGGUGGAGAGUGGUGGUGGUGUGUGGAGUGGACGUAACUCCAAUUCGAGUUCCGAAAGUGAGGGAGAUUAUGUUUCGCAGAGUAAUCAGUUUGAUGAUGAUACUAGCGUCGCAAAGCAUCUGGAGUCCGCAAAUACAAUGUUUUCUUUUAUUUGGUGGAUUGUUGGAUUCUACUGGAUUUCCAUUGGUGGCCAAAAUCUGACCCAUGAUUCACCUCAGCUUUACUGGCUAUGUAUAACUUUCCUGGCAUUCGACGUGUUUUUUGUCGUUAUCUGUGUUGCUGUGGCAUGUUUGGUUGGGCUUGCUGUUUGCUGCUGUCUACCUUGUAUUAUUGCAAUACUAUACGCCGUUGCAGAUCAGGAAGGAGCAAGUAAAGAUGAUAUUGAAAGACUGCCUACAUACAAGUUCCGAAGCAUUGGUGAUUUUGAGAAACAAAAUGGUGAAGUUCAAGAAACUUUUAGUGGAACAAUGACAGAAUGCAACACCGAUAUGCCUACCGAACGUGUACUUUCCAUGGAGGAUGCUGAAUGCUCAAUCUGCCUCUGCACCUAUGAAGAUGGAAUCGAGCUGCGUGAACUCCCAUGCCGUCAUCAUUUUCAUUCUGCCUGCAUAGACAAAUGGUUGUAUAUCAAUGCCACCUGUCCACUUUGCAAAUUCAAUAUAGUAAAGAAUGGCAAUCACAGUGGCAGUGAUGAAGUGUAAGAAAGCUGGUCACCGUCUUCUUUUUGUAUAUCAAGCUCCGAUCUGUUGGUGGCCUCUAGGUCAAUCUUAAGUUGUUGUCCGUGACUCCAACUUCUCUGGUAGGAUGAGAAAUCUGUGUGCUGAAAGGUUGCAAACUUUUAUUACUUCGUGAUAUACAAGUGUCCCUACUGAAGCUAGCUUGUUAAUAAUGUUCAGUGUAGUGUUUUUAUUGGGAGUGUUCUAUUUGGAGCAUAUACGAGAGUGCUACUGUUGUAAAACUAAGUUGAUUGUAUGGUAAAUUUCCUGCAGAAUUUAAUUUAA